AUCGAUUAGAAAGAUAUACAUACUCUCUCAUAAUAUCGUAUGGUCUCAAGCUUCUAUUUUCUAUUCUGUAUAUUUUCUUUGACAUGAACAUGGACACACCAGAAGCAAUUACCGGCCCUGUAGCCUUCCACCGCUGGCCCCAAGACCUGGCCCAAACGAUCCUUAUAUCAGUCCUCCAAGACCACCUCCCCCACAGCAACCCUCUCUACAACCGCAUCCUCGCUCCCCAAAACACUCCAUCCCGACACUGCCUCUUCGCCGCCACCUUCCCCCCUUCUUCCUCCCCCAAUCCCUCCUCCACCCCCACCAUCCUCUUCGCCGACCGCUCCCGCCACACCGAAGCCCAGAUCUGGCUCUUCAACCCCCUCACCAUCCUCCCCUCCCUAUCAGCCUCAGAAUCUGAAACCCUCAAUUCCCACGCAAAAGCCGCAAUCGUCUUCCUCCGCGAUACCGUCGUCCCCGCCGCGCCAGGCUGGCCUUUCCUACCCCUCCUCAAGUUCGGAUGCAUACCCACCCACCUCGCCGACGCCAUCACAUGCGUCGCGCGCCCCUUUGAUGCCGUGAAGCAUGACACGAAUUGGACGCACUUCAACAUCCCCUUAGCGGGUCCCCACGCCUCGUCGCUGCCGGAGGGAUUCCAGAUCGCCCCCGUCCCGCGUGAGCAGCUGGGGCUCGUUAUAGCGACGAGCGGGAUUCCGAGGGAGGCAGAGACGCUACAGGGGCUGCCUAGCGUGGCUAUAUUGGAUGAGGGCGGAGAAAUGGUCGCCUGGGCGUUUGUGGAUGUUGAUGGGUCGUUGGCGACGCUGUUUGUAGUUGCGGAGCAGAGGGGGAAGGGGCUUGCGAAGGCGGUGGCGGGGGAGCUUUUGGGGAAGUUGGGUAGAGGGGAGUUUAGGUCGAUUAGUGGAAGGGGGAAGGGGGUUGUAGAUGGCGAUGAUGGAUUGCUGCCGUUUGGGCAGGGGAGUGGGUGGGUGCAUUCGGAGGUCAAGGAGGGGAACAGUAGGAGCGAGAAUGUGGUUGGAGGGCUGGGCGGAAAGAGAUGUGGAAUGAGUAGGUAUGUGUUUAUUGCUUCCGACUUGAUUCCGUAGGUAUUCUCUGAAUAGGUGGAUAUCUGUAUAUACUUUCUAGAUAAACCGAUACCAUAGCCAUAGAACCAUAGACGUAGAUAUUAUACACAGAUCUGAAG